GAACGUGAAAUAUGCUUAUUUUAUUGGCGCUUUUAAGUGUAAUUUCCGUCGUAUUAUCGGAUAGACCAUACAGCGAUGACCUCGUCGGUACUUGGUCCUCUGGUUCUGGUGGUGUUCAGACUGGUACAGGUUUCUGUACACCAUCAGAGUACAGCUUUAACGUACCAGAUACAACUGGCAUUUCUUAUUCGUUCACUAAGGAUGGUUUCUACGAGGAGUCCACUUAUAAAUUCAACAGCAACGCGUCCGCACCACAAUGUAUACAAGCAGUAUUGAUUUGGCAACACGGUACAUACGUUAUCAAUGACGAUAAUGGUAUUGAUACCACACCUAUUGCUGAAGAUGGUAGAAUACAAGUUGAGGACCCAUGUGCUGCAUCGUCAAACGUCUUAACAACAGCAAACAUAACGAGAAAUUUCCAAUCUUUCUUGCCAUUUGAUGAUCCAGUAAAGGAUAAGAAAGCUUUACAACUCUACGAUUUCGAUGGUAGUUUAUUAGCGCCAAUGUAUUUGAUAUCAAAAUCACCAAAUAUGUUACCAACAGGUUCAAUAACUAACGGAAAUAGGAAGAGAGAUGUCAAUAGUGAUAUGGAAGAAAUCUUGGAAGAAAGAUUCCUUGAGAAGAGAGCAGGUGGUGGAGGUAGAGCAAGUGGUGGUAAAUCCAGUGGUAGUGGUAGUAAAGGUGGCUAUGCAGGCGCAGGCGGCCACUCAAGUGCAUCUAGAUACUCACAUUCACUAUUCGCUGUAUUAUUAUUAUCAGCAGCUAUAUUAGUUAUUAUAUAAUUUUUAUUUAAUUUGUAAAAUUACCCAAUUGGACAAUCUAUUAUUGCC